AUGGUGGUAACACCAUAUUUGAGUGGUCUCAACAACAUAACAGAAUGGAAAAUACUCAAAAACACUAUAUUGAUUGCUUUGAAAAUAUGUCGGGAUGAGUUGUUGUGGGGUGCUGCUUGGCUUCACAAGGCCACUAAGAACCUAAUGUACUUAAACUACAUUAAGGUUAAUGGACAGAUACAUGGGGCUGAUGUGACUGAUAAUACCUUUGGAUGGGAUAACAAACAUGCUGGAGCAAGGAUACUCCUUUCUAAGGAAUUUCUAGUUCAGAAAGUGGAAUCCCUUUAUGCUACAAGGGUCAUGCAGACAAUUUUAUAUGUUCUGCUAUCCCUGGAGACUCUCUCUUCCUCCCAAUAUACACCAGGUGGGCUUUUUGUUAUGAAUGAUAGUAACAUGCAAUAUGUCACGUCCACAUCCUUUCUACUCUUAACUUAUGCAAAAUACUUAACUACUUCACAUACUGUUGUGAACUGUGGUGGAACCAUCAUAACUCCAAAGAGCCUAAAAACUAUAGCCAAACAACAGGUUGAUUACUUGUUGGGAGACAACCCAUUGAAGAUGUCAUACAUGGUGGGGUUUGGUACAAGGUACCCACAAAGGAUACACCAUAGGGGAUCAUCACUUCCAUCUAUUGCUGUUCACCCUGGCAAGAUCCAAUGUUCAGAAGGAUUCAGUGUAAUGGACUCACAAUCCCCUAACCCCAACAUUCUAGUGGGUACAGUUGUUGGGGGACCUGAUUUGCAUGAUAGCUUUCCAGAUGAACGUUCAGAUUAUGAGCAAUCAGAGCCAGCUACUUACAUCAAUGCACCUCUUGUAGGAGCAUUGGCUUAUCUUGCACAUUCAUUUGGACAACUCCAAAGAGCACUUCUACAGCACGUUUUGUGCAUCUCUUGUUUUAAUUAUUCGUCACUUUAA